AUGGAGACCACCAAAUCUGAUUCAAACACACAAGAAAAAAGAAGAGCUUAUGUUAUCUGCAUCGAGGGAGCCCUUGGCGCAGUCGAGCUCCGCAUCCUUUGCACGGAGCUUCGCCUCCAGCUUGCGCGCCGUGAUCUGGUACUUCUUGAGCAGAUGCCGCUGCUCCUCGGCAUGCGUGGAGAGGGCAGUGUUGCCUGCGGCCGCGGCGUCCCUGGCCGCGCCUGCGGGACCCUUGAGGAACCUCCGCUUGGUGUUGGACAGCCUGGUGAGCUCCCCGACCACGGCGGCAUCCGCAGACUGAAUGGUCUCUGCGUCAUAGGGGAACUGCAUGAGCUUCAGCUGCGCGUAGGCCGCCUUGACGGCCGAGACGCCCGCGAACAAAUUGGCGAGGAGGGAGUCUGUGGCGGCAACCGUCGCGGCGGCCCGCAGCGAGGGCUCCUGCUGCUGCGCCCCGGCGGCCUUCUUCUCUGCGGCGUUCUGGAAGAAGGCAUCAAGGGAAUACGGCGCCAAGGGCGGCGGUGGUGUCUCCCCUUGGCGGCAGCGACGUCUUCCCUCGGACAGCGGCGGCGGUAA